AUGGAAGAAGAAUCCCACGACAAGAUUAUUAUAAAAAAUCUUCUCGUACGAAAUGUUACGGGAGUCGACUCUUGGGAGCGCGUAAAACGUCAACCAGUUUUAAUAAAUUUAACUCUUCAUAAAAACAUUUCUGAGGCUGGAAAAAAGGAUAAACUUUCAUAUUCCAUUAAUUAUGGAAUAGUUUCCAAAGCAGUCUCUAAAUAUGCCGAGGAUUCUAUCAGUGAUUCCAUCGAGGCUUUAGCAGAAGGAAUAGCUAAAAUUUGCGUGAAUGAAUGUCAUGCUCCUCGGGUUACCGUUCGUGUAGAAAAGCCUCGCGCUUUGUUGCACGCUGCUUCUGCAGGUGUCGAAAUAAUACGUACUAGAGAAGACUAUAGUAAAAUUGAUUCAAACUCAAAUACGUUUCCUAUUUAUAAUGAUAACCGUCAAGACGUAAUAUUUGUUAAAGAUUUGAGAUUAAGCGCGAUUAUCGGUGUCAAUCCAUGGGAGCGCGAAGAAAAGCAAACUGUGAUAUUGAAUAUAACAAUAUAUUCCGAUUUUAAUAUUAGUUCCUCGCAAGAAGGUAACCUCCCCAAGCCGCAUAAUUAUCGUACUAUCGUUAGAACUAUUUCUAAGUAUGUCGAAGAAUCAACAUAUCAAACU